AUGGUUGAUGGUGACUCAAGUGGAACAGCUGAUAAGACGGAGAAAUUCAGAAUUGAAAUUGUUCAAAAAUGUUUUGGAGCAUCUUCAGGACAUCACGAUGACGACGUGGAUCUCGCUUAUUUUAUAGAGGCCUAUGAAGAAUUGAAUAAGUUUAUUGGCUUACUAGGCAAGAUAUUCCAUUUUGUACAAGCUGAUGUCCGUGAAAAGACCACUAAAUUACAAGAACUACGGCAGGAAGCCCCAAAUCCUUACCGAUCCGUGAAGGAAAUGGUAGUAUAUGAACAUGGAAAGAAGGAUUACCCUGGCUCAAAAGCUCUUCUUGCUCUACAUCGUGCUUUGGAAUUCAUUUGUGCCUUCAUCAGAGGAUUAGCUCAAAGUACGAACGAGGACAGUGUAUCUGCCAUAUGUCGAAGAACCUAUCAGGACACAUUGGCUAGAUUUCAUCCGUGGGUUAUACGAAAAGCAGUCGGCCUAGCGUCCUACACUCUUCCUUCACGAGGGGAGUUGAUCACUUCCAUCCAUGGGGACAUACCUGAGGAGCACUAUGUGCGCGAAGUUCUAUCGGAUGUCGUCGCUAAAAUCCAAAUAGUCCAUGGAAGAGUUGAUAUGAUUUACACCAAAUAUGAUCUACACGCCCUUGUUUGA